GAAAAACUUAAAAGUGGAAAAAACUCUGAGAGAGAGAGAGAGAGAGAGAGAGAGAGAAAAUGGGAGUUCGAAAGUUUCAAGUCUACCAUGGCGAUUCUACCUUCGAAGUCGACUGCAAAAUUGAAGACGGCUUCAAAGGUUUCCAGUUACAACUACAUUCUCUCACGUCACUUGUUCCUGAUGAACAGACGAUAUUCGUGGAGGAUUAUGGUUGGCCGGUAUCGCAGGACCGUGAUCUCAUCUCCGCACCAGAUAAGCUCCGAGUAGUGGCCCGCGGCAAGUUUAUCAUAUCCGAUGAGCAAUUCGCGCGGACAUUGCAGAAAUUUUUCCUUACACGGUCUGCGGGGGAAGAAUACAGAGGAAGUUUUGAUGAGGAGUUACAGCCUUACAUCCGUCAGGUUCUCAUGUAUGAAGAUAAAGAGAAACAGAAAAAAGCUAGGGAAACGGUACCUGUGGCAAGGCUUGAGCAUGAAUCGGUGGCUGUAUUGAUCAGGGCGGGAGGUUGUAGACCAUCUCAAAUUGAACUAGAACAUGUUUUCCUGCUCCAGCUGCUUUUCUGGUUCAAACAAUCCUUCAGGGAUAUAUGUUCGAAAAUCACUCCAGUCCAACUAGACUCUGGACAACUGAAGCUUUUGAAAACAAAGGAGUGGCGUUAUGCUAAUUACUUCAUGCUAUACUGUCGUGCUUUUGGAUAUGAAUCUCGUCUGUUGGUACUGAUCACCUCCAUAGAGAUGAUUAGGUCGGAGUCCUAUCUAGACAAUUUAUCUUAA